GGACGGAGACUUGUGGCAUACAGCAGUGUGGCUGCUCCUCUCAAAGGCUGCUCCCAGGCCACAUGUGGAGAUGUUGGAGGGCCAUGGUAAGCCCCUGGGCUGGGGUGGGAUGGCAGCAGGGAUGGGGGCCCUGUUGUGGAGCUCCUGUCCUGCAGGGACUUAGUUCCUAACAGUUCAGUAGGGAAGCAGCCCUGGAAGUGAAAUACUGGCUGCUGGGGUAUGUCAUUUGCUGGAGCUGAGGAAGCUCAGGAGUGGGAGUGGGGAAGGACAGCGCCUGGUUGUAGGGACCAGCUGGAGCUGUGGCAUGUGUGGGUGGAGGGGCCGCCAUCUUGUCUCAUGCAGCAGUCCAGCUCUGCUUGUAGGCGAGCAGGGGAGGAAGUGGAGCCAGUCGGGGAAGCCUCUGAGAAACCCAUGGGGCAGUUUCUCCUGAAGGUGAAACUCAGAAAACAAGUUUUCUGCCCACUUGUCUUCAGAAGGUGGAGAGUGAAUCUGGUUCUCUUCAGGCAGCUCAGCUCGGACAAAGACAGCAAAGGACCUCGGAUCUUCCUGGUGCUUCGUGUGUGGGAGGAAGUGAGCAUAAUGGAUGAGAAGAACACUCCGAUCCGCACCUACCAAGUUUGCAAUGUGAUGGAGCCCAGUCAGAAUAAUUGGUUACGAACUGAUUGGAUUCCCCGCGAGGGGGCUCAGAGGGUAUAUAUUGAAAUCAAGUUCACGCUGAGAGACUGCAACAGCCUGCCAGGUGUCAUGGGAACUUGCAAAGAGACUUUCAACCUCUAUUACUAUGAAUCAAACAACGACAAGGAGCGUUUUAUUCGAGAGAGCCAGUUUGCCAAGAUUGACACCAUUGCUGCUGAUGAGAGCUUCACCCAGGUGGACAUUGGUGACAGGAUCAUGAAGCUGAAUACAGAGGUGCGGGACGUGGGGCCUCUCAGCAAGAAAGGGUUUUACUUGGCUUUCCAGGACGUCGGUGCCUGCAUUGCUUUGGUGUCUGUUCGUGUCUUCUAUAAGAAGUGCCCACUGACAGUUCGAAACCUGGCACAGUUUCCAGACACCAUUACUGGGGCUGAUACAUCCUCUCUGGUGGAGGUUCGUGGCUCCUGUGUCAACAACUCGGAAGAGAAGGACGUGCCAAAAAUGUACUGCGGGGCAGAUGGUGAAUGGCUGGUACCCAUUGGCAACUGUCUGUGCAAUGCUGGCUAUGAAGAACGCAAUGGUGAAUGCCAAGCUUGCAAAAUCGGAUACUACAAGGCGCUCUCAACAGAUGUUGCAUGUGCCAAAUGCCCGCCUCACAGCUACUCCAUCUGGGAAGGCUCUACCUCCUGCACCUGUGAUCGGGGCUUCUUCCGAGCAGAAAAUGAUGCUGCAUCCAUGCCCUGCACUCGCCCUCCAUCCGCACCCCAGAACCUGAUUUCCAACGUCAACGAGACGUCAGUGAACUUGGAGUGGAGCGCCCCACAGAACAAGGGAGGACGGGACGACAUCUCCUACAACGUGGUGUGCAAGCGCUGCGGGGCAGGGGAGCCCAGCCACUGCCGGUCCUGUGGCAGUGGUGUACAUUUCAGCCCCCAGCAGAACGGGCUGAAAACCACGAAGGUUUCCAUCACUGACCUCCUGGCACACACCAACUACACCUUUGAGGUCUGGGCAGUGAAUGGAGUGUCCAAGCACAACCCCAGCCAGGACCAAGCUGUGUCGGUCACUGUGACAACUAACCAAGCAGCUCCAUCCCCAAUUGCAUUGAUCCAGGCUAAAGAGAUAACGAGGCACAGCGUUGCCUUGGCCUGGCUGGAACCUGACAGGCCCAAUGGAGUCAUCCUGGAGUAUGAAGUCAAGUACUAUGAAAAGGACCAAAACGAGCGCAGCUAUCGCAUUGUGAAGACAGCCUCCAGGAAUACUGACAUCAAAGGUUUGAACCCCCUGACUUCAUAUGUAUUUCAUGUGCGGGCCAGGACAGCAGCAGGAUACGGAGACUUCAGUGGGCCGUUUGAGUUCACAACUAACACAGUUCCUUCCCCCAUCAUUGGCGAUGGUACCAAUCCCACAGUGCUGCUUGUUUCAGUGGCUGGCAGUGUUGUUCUUGUGGUCAUUCUCAUUGCAGCCUUUGUCAUCAGCAGGAGGCGCAGCAAAUACAGUAAAGCUAAGCAAGAGGCAGAUGAGGAGAAACAUUUGAACCAAGGUGUCAGAACAUAUGUGGAUCCUUUUACAUAUGAGGAUCCAAAUCAAGCUGUGAGGGAAUUUGCCAAAGAAAUUGAUGCCUCCUGCAUAAAGAUUGAGAAAGUUAUUGGUGUGGGGGAAUUUGGUGAAGUAUGCAGUGGACGUCUCAAAGUUCCAGGAAAAAGAGAAAUCUGUGUGGCUAUCAAGACUCUGAAAGCUGGUUACACUGACAAACAACGGAGAGACUUCCUGAGUGAGGCCAGCAUCAUGGGACAAUUUGACCACCCCAAUAUCAUCCACUUGGAAGGCGUUGUUACUAAAUGUAAACCAGUAAUGAUCAUAACUGAGUACAUGGAGAAUGGCUCCUUGGAUGCCUUCCUCCGGAAGAAUGAUGGCAGAUUUACAGUAAUCCAGUUGGUGGGGAUGCUUCGUGGCAUCGGCUCAGGAAUGAAGUAUCUGUCUGACAUGAGCUAUGUGCAUCGGGAUCUAGCUGCUCGAAACAUACUGGUCAACAGCAACUUGGUCUGCAAAGUGUCUGACUUCGGCAUGUCCCGUGUCCUGGAAGAUGACCCUGAGGCAGCUUAUACCACACGGGGUGGCAAGAUCCCUAUCCGAUGGACUGCACCAGAGGCAAUUGCCUACCGUAAAUUUACAUCGGCUAGUGACGUGUGGAGCUAUGGCAUCGUCAUGUGGGAAGUGAUGUCCUAUGGAGAGAGACCUUACUGGGAUAUGUCCAAUCAAGAUGUUAUUAAAGCCAUUGAGGAAGGGUAUCGGUUGCCACCCCCAAUGGACUGCCCCAUUGCUCUCCAUCAGCUGAUGUUAGACUGCUGGCAGAAGGAACGCAGCGACAGACCUAAAUUUGGACAGAUUGUCAACAUGCUGGACAAACUCAUCCGCAACCCUAACAGCCUGAAGAGGACAGGCAGCGAGAGCUCCAGACCCAGCACAGCCCUGCUGGAUCCCAGCUCCCCGGAGUUCUCGGCGGUUGUUUCUGUCAGUGACUGGCUCCAAGCCAUUAAAAUGGAGCGAUACAAGGAUAACUUCACAGCUGCUGGCUAUACCACCCUAGAGGCUGUGGUGCAUAUGAACCAGGACGACCUGGCCAGGAUCGGGAUCACUGCCAUCACACACCAGAACAAGAUCUUGAGCAGCGUUCAAGCCAUGCGCAGCCAAAUGCAACAGAUGCACGGCAGGAUGGUGCCCGUCUGAGCCAGUACUGAAUAAACUCAAAACUCUUGAAAUUAGUUUACCUCAUCCAUGCACUUUAAUUGAAGAACUGCACUUUUUUUACUUCGUCUCCUCGCCCGUUGAAAUAAAGAUCUGCAGCAUUGCUUGAUGUACAGAUUGUGGAAACCGAGCGUGUGUUGGGAGGGGGGCCUCCAGAAAUGACAAGCCGUCAUUUUAAACCAGACCUGGAACAAAUUGUUUCUUGGAACAUACUUCUCUGUUGAUCAACGAUAUGUAAAAUACAUGUAUCUAUAUAAAUAUAAUGUCACAGUCAAGUUUUGAUGCUAUGUUUGCUGCCAGAUACUGUGCUUAAAAAACAAAAUUACUUUCCUUCUCCCUGUGACCUGUAGGAUUACAACCAUAGUGUUUUAUUUGUGGGUGAAACCGCAGUUGUGCAUCUUUCACUGGAAUGAAGAAUCUGCCCUAGGAUCUUUUUUGCAGACUUGAUGCAACGCUGAUACCUUGCAGAAACCUCAUUGAGAGUAUCAUUUGGCUAAUCAGUGCUUGGCGAUUAGCAAUCUACCCAUUUACGGGCUUGAGAUGUGGAAUGACCCACCUCACGGAUUACUGGGCAGAACUGGACUUCUGGGAAGACUGUUGGCUAUUGCUGUGCUGAAUUCUGCCACUUUGAGAGGUUUCGUGACCGUCUUGUCAGCAGUCAGCUGUGGUAGUCGUGGCUGUGGAGCUUUCAGACUUUUCUCUUUCAAGAAGCAGUUCAAUUUGCCACAUGGAGAAAGGUCAGUGAAAGUACAGUGUCCGGCAUGGUUGUGGUGCUUCAUUUCUUAGUCUGUGCUAGGAUUUCAUCAAAGUAAAAGACGUGGAAAAGAGCCAGGAUCUUUUAUGCUUAUGCCACAGUGGGCAAGAGUGGGACUUGGAGGAUAUGUGCUCUGGAACAGACACAGCUUUUCAGCUGUACCUGGCACAGUGUCAGGAAGGGAAAUUAUAUUUUGCCUUCACGGCCUCCUACUCCGUCCCGUUGAUCUCACUGACCAUGGAGGAACACAGACUGGACCCUGAAGCCUUCUGGAUCCAUGGUUGCAUCUUCCCUAGCACUGAUUCUGGAAACCACACACUGAACAGUCGUCGGGCCCUGAAGAGUGUGACUUUUACUUUCUCUUUUUUUUUCCUUGCCACCCACGCCAUUUUUUCUUCAUUGAAAGAUAGCUAACUCGGUAAGAUUCAGCACCCAGUUGUCACUGGGAGGAAUGUACUGUGUCAAAGCCCCGCAGACUUGUUGAUUUUUUAUUCCCUUCUGCUUUCUAUUCCUACCUUGGAUUUUAUUUAUAUAUUCUGUUAUUCUCUAUCCUCACUCCCCUGCCUGCUGCCGCCUCAUCUCACAUGGAUGCAGGUGGCAGAACACCACACAUCUUACCAUGGACGCUGGGCCAGGCGCCGCAGCGGAGAACCCAGUUGCUGUGAGCUGCCUGUAUACAUUGCUGACGUGACAUUUUACACGAAACGUGCCAUUGCAGUGAUAUAAAUAUAUUUUUUUCCCUUGAAUGGAUAAUGGAUUAUUAUCUCCUCUGGAAGGUGCGCGUGUGUGUUCGUGUGUGUGUGCGCGUGCAAAUCACCUCGUGUGUACAACUGCCUGUGAAUGUGCCCAAGCGUCCCUGGGAGCCACGUGAUGUCCCUCUGCCAUGUGAGCACGGCCCAGCAGCUCGGCUCUGCAGCGGUGGCAGGAACACGCGUUGAGAAGUGUUGAAAUGUCUGUGUCUGUAGGUGUGUUUUUAACUGCCACGCUACGUAUAAUGAGUAGUUCUGCAGCCUAAAACAGGGACAGUUUCAAGUUAGUUUCGAAGUUGUGGAUUACAGGAUCCAUAAGGGUGCUAAAGAUUUUCUUACAUGUUGUUUCUUCUUACUGACGUUCUGUUCAUGAUCCAGAGCAACCAUUUGCUCAGUGACAAGGUGAUGGAGGCAGCACCUGCAUAUCCAUCCACUGAUAACCCUCACCCGAACUCUUAAGUAGCCUUUUUUUUUGAUCUGCAGAUGUAGGGUUUUAAAGACUUGCUGAAUGCGAACAAAUAUAUGCAGUUCUUCCAUUCACAGAAGCACCUUGCUCUGCGUGCAAGCUGUGAAAACUUGUAAGUUAAUAAUCCAAACACCAGUUUGCUCCCUGCACAGUUAAGGAAUGAAAUCACAACACUUCCAAGGUUGCAGUGGUUAGCCAGAGGGCUGUGGCGUGCCGUAGGAGCAUGGGAAGUGCCAUAGGAGACACCGCGGGCCUGAGGAGCAGUGCUGCUGCUCCCUGGUGCUGCCUGCCACAGCUUUCUGCCUUUGGAGAGCUCGGUGCAAGCCAGGUCUUUAAGGGGGUAUGUGCUGGAGCCUGGGGAGCACGCAUGCUACUGGCGCCCCGGUCAGCCCAGAGACGUCCUGGGACAGGGAUGUGGGUGCGCCGCUCUGAAUGAGAGUGCAGCACAGGCCACAGCCGCUGCCGGCCACCCCACAGCCUCUCUCCUCCUCGCCGGCCGCUUUGGGACCAUCCCUAGAAGGAGCCGGGCCUGGCGUUAGGCGCAGUGCCCCGGGGCUGUGCUGGGUGCAGCUGGUGCAGGAGAGCUGCCAGCUGCUGUCCCACUGCUCAGCGCAACGCACUCCUGCUGGGGAGGAGGUUGUGUUGCUCACACCCCGCGCGGUCAUGUCGGUCCGGGUUUCCUGCUGUACUCAUUCCGUGAUGGCUCUAUGUAAUAAAAAUAUGUAUGUAUAAAAUACAGAAGGCUGGAAGUGACCAGUGAACGGGACUUACAAAGCAGUAUUUUUUUUUAUGUGACAUUUUCAUAACCAGAAAAAAAAAAAACCCACAAAAAAACAAACAAAAAAAAACCCCUCCCCGAAAUACUAACCAGACGAAUAAAAAGAGAGUGCAUUUAUUUUUUUGUAUCACUGCAAGUAUGUUGGAAUAUGCAAGGACUGUGGUUAAAAUUAGAAUGUAUGAGGCGUAUUAUAAUUUAGUUCAUACUGAAAAAAUCUAACAGCAUUUCUUGGUUCGUGCAUUUGAACGAUCUCUGGGUUAGAUAUUAUAGAUUUUCUAUUUUGAGUUAAUUUGUAAUGUUUUCCCCUUCCAUGAAUUUUAGGUACACAUAACUUAUGUCAUUUAUUUAUGGUCUUUUAUACCUAGUUUGUAAAAUUGUAAAAUAGCAAACAGUGCAAACAUUUGCAUUUGAAAAUAAUAAAGUAGUUGCUGUACAAACUUGAAA